CCUUUUUACAAGCUUUCACAACCCAAUAAAGAAAGAGCAAAGAAGAAAUGGCAAAAGCUUCCUUGAUCGCCCUUGUUUCCUUGGCAAUCUGCCUUUCAUCCCUCAGCUUCACCUACGCCGAAGACACCUUCUUCGUCGAAGGCAAAGUUUACUGUGACACAUGCCGUGUGGAAUUCGAGACCAGGCUCAGCCAACCAAUCAAAGGGGCAACAGUGAUAUUGGAAUGCAGGGACCGUACCGUCGGUGGCAGCAUCACAUACAGCCAAGAGAGCGUUACAGACGAAUCCGGCAAAUACAGGAUCCCAGUCCAGGGCGAUCACGAGGAAGAAAUUUGCGAAGUCAGGGUUGUGAAGAGUCCCAGGGAAGACUGUAAUGAAUUCAUGGAAGCAUGGCAGAGAGCCAGGGUCCUACUCACCAAGAAGAAUGGGGUGAGUGAUCCCAUUCGAUAUGCCAACAAUCUUGGGUUCUUGAAGAAGGAAGCUGUCCCUGGAUGUGCUGAAGUUCUUGAAGAAUUGGGUUUCCUUCCUCUUAACUAAGAAAUUCCCUUUUAACUUCGUGCCUAUAUAAAAAAAAUAACAAUUGUCUGGCACCAUGGUUUGUUCAAUUAUGUGCAAACCUUGAUGCAAUCAUAUACUGAUCUUCACAGAACAAACAAUAUACAAGAAUUAUUUCAUAAUAUGAA